AUGGAUUUUACAGGCAGUCAUGUUUCUGAGAUGAACUCUUUUUACUCCGGACAUUAUUGGCCCGGUACAAGCCUGGAUAUGAACAACAACGACGAUUACGCACAGGACACCAGCAGAGUGCAUCAUGAUGCUGCCCACAGGACGCGCUUGGACACCCAGCGUCGCCGGAAGCGCACGACUUUCAGCAAGGCGCAAGUGAGCGAGCUGGAGAGGGCCUUCACUGUCACACAGUACCCGGAUAUUAAAAUGAAGGAGUCUCUCGCCUCUGUGACCGGGCUGCCGGAGUCUAAAAUUCAGGUGUGGUUUCAAAACCGACGCGCUCGCUAUUUCAAAAGCAAGAAACCAACCAAAGCGGUCCCCAAACCCCAAUACCUUCAUUCCCAAUUCACCUACACUCCGGCUCCCAGUCCACCCCUCCCCCAGCUCUGUCCUGCCCUCUCUCCUACCCCGAGCCUGCCGUCCCCACCAGGCUACCCUGCUCCGAGUUUACCUCAGUCCACCAGGCUCUCGACCAUCCUGGCGAGUCAGGGCAUGUCCUUACCCGGACCUACAUCCCCUGUCAUCGGCGACCAAGCUUCAUCCUGCUCCGAGCAUGGACCGGGUGUCCCAGGAGUUUAUCAACACCAUCACUACCAAACCCCAGACUUCACUGAUUACUGUGUGUUUCCAGACAGUGGGCUCGGUGAAUGGGAUUUGACAGAGGACUUUGAGACUUUCCUUAAAGGUGCACAGGGAUCCCAGCCUGUGGGGAGCCGCUGCGCUGCAGUCGGACACCCUGGAUCCAAGGAGAGCGUGCAGAGUCAGCUGGACCACCAGGGCUUCUCCAGCUCUGACGACCUGUCCGACCUGUGCCUCCAGGAUCUGGGCGACUUCAAUAUGUCAGAUUUAGAAAUAUCUGCGGCAAUGAUUGAUUAUCUUCUGGGCUGACUGAUAAAAGAAGAUAUUUGGAGUUGAAUGUUUAAGACCACAUUGUAAAUAGACUUAGUUAGAACAGAGUAUUUAUGGUGGGACUGCCUUGAACAGAGGACUCUCUCAUUCUCAUGUGAAUAAGAAUGUAUAGAAUUAUUUAGAUAUUGUUAUUGACAUAUUGUA